AUAGUCGUAGUAGCAAGUCAACGUUUGGAACACGCGACGAUACAGUGAACGGAAGGCGAUAGCAAGCUUGACUUGCCAGCCAGAGUUAUUGUGAGAGUAACGCAAUACAACACUUCUGCAAACCCUCAGAUGUGAGUGUCUGCAGCAUGUCCAUCGGUGUACCAAUCAAAGUGCUUCACGAGGCCGAGGGCCACAUCGUCACAUGUGAAACGAACACUGGCGAGGUGUACCGAGGGAAGCUGAUUGAAGCUGAGGAUAACAUGAACUGCCAAAUGGCAAACAUCACUGUGACCUAUAGGGACGGGCGAGUGGCUCAGCUCGAGCAGGUCUACAUCCGAGGCAGCAAGAUCCGAUUUCUCAUUCUGCCAGACAUGCUGAAGAACGCGCCUAUGCUGAAGAGCAUGAAGAAUAAGAACCAGGCCUCGGGCGCAGGAAGGGGAAAAGCAGCCAUUCUCAAAGCUCAAGUGGCUGCCAGAGGCCGUGGCAGAGGUGGAAUGGGAAGAGGGAAUAUUUUCCAGAAAAGACGAUAAUCAACUUAGUUUUUGCUUUUUACUGUAUAGAGAAGUUUUUUGAUUGUUUUACUGUCUGUUAAUUAUGUCACAAAUGACUUGCUUGCUCAAUAAAGCAAUUGUUUUGUUUUUAUAA